AAUAAGCAACGUCUAUUUCCAAAUUCAAAUUCAAAUCUCUUUUCUCCCUCCUCUCCUUUCCUCUCCUCUGACUCUGAUCUUGAUCUGAGCCUGAGCCAUGGCUACCACGACGAACUCAUCUCUCAUCACCCCAACCAAAACCCCAUCAGAGAAAUCCCAAUCGGCAAGGCACCACAAACGGAACCAUACCAUGCUCGAAUCAUCAUCGUUGUCCAAGUCCCGGUUCGAGGCCUACAAUCGCCUUCAGGCCGCUGCCGUUGCUUUCGGCGAGAAGUUGCCUAUUCCGGAGAUUGUCGCCCUCGGUGGACAGUCUGAUGGAAAGAGCUCCCUUCUUGAAGCCCUACUCGGCUUCCGGUUCAAUGUUCGCGAGGUCGAGAUGGGCACUCGUCGCCCCCUCAUUCUCCAGAUGGUUCACGAUCCCACAGCUCUCGAGCCUCGCUGCCGCUUCCAGGAUGAGGACUCUGAAGAAUAUGGAAGUCCUGUUGUGUUGGCCUCUGCAAUUGCAGAUAUCAUAAAGUCUCGGACUGAUGCCAUUUUGAAGAAAACCAAAACUGCUGUUUCUCCCAAACCAAUUGUGAUGAGAGCUGAAUAUGCACAUUGUCCUAACCUCACCAUUAUUGAUACUCCAGGUUUUGUUCUUAAGGCAAAGAAGGGAGAACCUGAAAAUACACCUGAUGAGAUUCUUUCCAUGGUGAAAUCACUUGCUAGUCCUCCACACCGCAUUCUUCUCUUUCUUCAACAGAGUAGUGUGGAGUGGUGCUCCUCAUUGUGGUUGGAUGCCAUUCGGGACAUUGACCCAACAUUUAGGCGUACAGUAAUCGUUGUAUCAAAGUUUGAUAAUCGUCUCAAGGAAUUUAGUGAUCGAUGGGAAGUUGAUCGAUAUUUGAGUGCAAGUGGUUAUUUGGGAGAUAGCACUCACCCAUUUUUUGUUGCCCUACCAAAGGAUAGGAAUACAAUUUCAAAUGAUGAGUUUCGUAGGCAAAUAUCUCAAGUGGACACAGAAGUCAUCCGUCAUUUGCGUGAGGGUGUUGCAGGAGGAUUUGAUGAAGAAAAGUUCAGGCCAUAUAUUGGUUUCAGCUGCCUGAGAGAAUAUCUGGAGUCUGAACUUCAGAGGAGAUACAAAGAAGCUGCACCAGCAACACUUGCUUUGCUUGAACAACGUUCUAGUGAAGUCACCACUGAACUGUCCAGAAUGGACUCCAAAAUACAAGCUACUUCUGAUGUUUCUCAACUCAGAAGAUUUGCAAUGUUGUAUACUGCUUCUAUCUGCAAUAAUGUGAGAGGACUGAUUGAUGGAGCAGCAGAUCCUGCUCCAGAGCAGUGGGGUAAAACAACAGUGGAGGAGCAGUAUGAAAGUAGUAUUGGGGGUUGGCCAGGUGUCAUUGCAGAAAUAAAGCCUCCUAAUGCUACUCUCCGGCUCUAUGGAGGAGCUGCUUUUGAACGAGUAAUGCAUGAAUUUCGAUGUGCUGCAUAUUCGAUAGAAUGUCCCCCGGUAUCCAGGGAGAAGGUUGCAAAUAUAUUACUUGCCCACGCUAGCCGAGGUGGAGGUGCAGGAGCAACUCAGGCAGCAGCAGAAAUUGCACGAGCUGCUGCAAGAUCAUGGCUUGCCCCUCUUCUAGAUACUGCUUGUGAUCGCCUUGCUUUUGUGUUAGGGAAUCUCUUUGAUCUUGCUUUAGAGCGAAAUCGCAAUCAUGACUCAGAAUAUGGAAACAAAUCAGGAAACAUGGAUGGUUAUGUUGGUUUUCAUGCAGCUUUAAGGCGUGCUUACAUUCAAUUUAUCAAGGAUAUCUCAAAACAAUGCAAGCAACUAGUUCGGCACCACCUCGAUUCAGUAACAAGCCCAUACUCAUUGGUGUGUAAUGAGAAUGACUUUCAAGUUGGUUUUGGAUCUACUGCAGCCUCUGUUUACAAGUCCAACCAAUGUUCAGUUGGUUGGCUUUCACUUGAAUUGUCUGAUGGUGGGGCAUCAGGGCACGAAGAAUCAGCUAAAGAUCAGGAGAACAGGCCUCCAGAGAAGAGUGCUCUGCAGACCACACCAGGUAAAGGUACAGAACCCAGAGAUGCUCUUAGAGAAUGCCAAUUGACAGUGCCUGAGACCCCAUCACCUGAUCAGCCAUGUGAUCCAACAUACGGCGGGGCCAAGGAGCUCGGAAAUGGUGCUGAUAUCGGGGCGAGAAAACGAUGCUCAAGGAUGACUGGCAACAGCAGAAAUACUGAUCACAUGAGAUUUCAGAAUGGUGGUGGUCUUUUAUUUGGAAAUCGAGAUGGUGGGGUAAGACCAGGCUCGGCUUAUGCAGAUAUUUGUUUAUCAGCAGCUCAUCACUUCUCACAGAUACGUGAAGUUCUUGUGGAGAGAAAUGUGGCUUCAGCUCUGAAUUCGGGAUUCUUAACUCCUUGCCGGGAUGGGCUUGUUCAGGCAGUGGAGUUGGAUUUGUUUGCUGUAAAUGAUGAGAAAUUCAUGGACAUGUUUGUUGCUCCGGGAGCCAUUGACGUUUUGCAAAAUGAGAAGCAGUCUCUUGAAAAACGUCAGAAAAUUCUGCUCUCUUGCUUGACAGAGUUUAAAUGUGUUGCUCAGGCACUUUGAAAGGCUUGUGUAUAUGUAUCUAUAAGCGGUUUCUGAAUACUUCACAGCUUGUGAACAUGAAAGGGAUUAGGAUGAGAAACUCAAAAUAGUAGGAUUAUUUUUUGUCAUUAAUUUGGUUGUAAAACAUAAUAUCCUUUGUUGUUGUAAUAAAAUUUGGUUAUUUGAAUAUUGUUUAUUA